AUGGCUCCAUAUGAAGCGCUUUAUGGCCGGAAGUGUAGAUCUCCAAUUUGUUGGGAUGAAGUAUGUGAACAAAAGAUUUUAGACCCCACUGCAGUGCCUUGGAUUGAGGAGGGACAAGAAAAAGUGAAGUUGAUUCGUCAGAGGAUCCAAACCGCACAGAGUCGUCAGAAGAGCUAUAAAGACAAUCGAAGGAAGGAUUUAGAAUUUGCGGUUGGAGACCAAGUUUUUCUUAAGAUUACUCCUCUGAAAGCGAGUUUAAUUACAGGUAAAGGAAAGAAGUUGCAACCUAAAUUUGUAGGGCCAUAUAAGAUUCUUCAACGUGUAGGAAAUGUGGCCUAUAGGUUGGAAUUGCCACCAAGUUUAUCUCGGAUUCACAAUAUUUUUCAUGUAUUGAUGCUCAAGAAAUAUCAUCCAGAUCCGUCUCAUGUUCUACAACCGGAGAAUAUUGGGAUUGACGAAGCACUGACCUAUGAGGAGAAAUCGAUAAAGCUUCUAGAUCAUAAGAUGAAAGGACUGAGGAAUAAGCGAAUCCCGUUGGUGAAAAUUCUUUGGAGAAACCAUGGAUUAGAGGAAGCAACUUGGGAAGUAGAAGAAGAAAUUCGAGAAAAAUAUCCAGAUCUAUUUCCAAAUUAA